AUGUUUAUUAGCAACUCUACAUUCCUUCUUUUGACAAUUUUAGAGGAUAUCAAAUUUGUUAAAAAACCAACAAGCAACCACAAUAUCACCAAAGGCUCGUCAUUCUCCUUAUACUGCAAGGUCGAGUCGUCUCGGCAAGUCAAAUACAAAUGGAGACUAAAUGGUCGUGAUUUAAAAUACGAUGACAAUCACAAUUGGUUUGAAACCGUGAACAGAUUGCUCAUUCAAAAUGUAAACGUAGGUAUAUUUGUUACUUUUGUAGCGUAAAGUACAUGUACUUAACACGUUCGCUCGGGUUGAAAGCUUAUAAAUUUGCUUAUAUAUAUGCAGCUAUUGCAUACGUAGCCUACGGCCAAUUAUAUCAGACCGAAUUGUUCGUUUUUUAUUCGUUUCUUGAAUUAACGUUUAAAUUCUGGUAUUCGAGCUGGAACGUAAGUUCGUCCCAUGGUAAUCUGGUACGUCUGCUUCGCAAUCAUUGCAGAACUCAAUUCAAAUAUGUAAUUGAUGUAAACAUUGUUGACAAAACUAAGACAAAUAUUUUGUGUGUUCACAGCGUAAGCGGAAAUUCGUCAUAUACCAAAAUACAAAAUUUAUACAUAUAGGUUGUUCGGAAUUCUUAUUUAGACUACUGAUAACUUCCAGACCUUGGAUAUACCCUCGCGAAAAAAAUCUAUAGGUGCCUAUAGGAAUGGUCCAAUUCCCUCGGCCUAAUACGGGGUGUAUAAAAAAAUGUACACUCUUUCAAAUUCAAAUUGGCCAUAACCUUUUUAAUAUUCGUUACUCUGCAGUAAGCUGGCCCAUUUUAUGUCUUAUACGCAGACUUGAAAUAAUGAUGCUUAAAUUGAACAUUUUUCUUUGAGUUGUGUAUUUGUUCAUACAAAUGGAAAUUAUGCUAGUUCAUACAAAUGGAAGUUAUGCUAGGGGAUACUACAGUAUUUUACCUCGCCGUUUAAUAUUCGUAUACGAUCCUUGAGAAGACGGUCGUACCUACUAGUUAUUGUUACUGCGUUACUAGUUUCUGGAAAUCGAGAUGAUCAUUGUUAGACGAUUUAUUAUAGACAAAAGAGAAGGUAAAAGUAAACGAUUUACAAAGACGCAGAGCUUCAAUCAUGCAGACACAUUUUGGAAUUUCUCCAGGAAAUGCCGAACUCACAAAUAUAGUGACAGUUCGAAAACUAUAAUGCGAUAAAAGUGAAAGUUCAACAACACUUCAUGUUAAGCUCGUACGUAGACCACCCUCACACACAAGGAAUGAAUAUGUUCCUUGAUGAUGAUUAAUUAACAAGGCUGAAAGAAAUUGAACAAUAUCGUCUGCUGCAGAUUAAUGUGUUCAAUAUUACAGUAUAGUGUUUGUAAAUAUUAACUUUGAAAUACUGUAGAUAUAAACAUCGCACCAUUGUUCCCACUUAUACCCAUAUAUUCUAAGGAAUAUUUCAUGCAAAAUCGCAAUUAAUGCCAGAAGGGAAAUAAUCGCGGUGUCAAUUACAUACCAGCAACAACUGAAUAUUUUGUGAUAUAAAGAAACCAUCUUUGAAUGGUGGGAAGACUUGUAUUUUUUCAAAUUGAAUAAGCUUAAUUUAAAUUAGGACCUUCCGUUCUGAAAAAUAUUACUCUCAUAGAUGAUUUUUCCGUGCUAACGUAUUGUUCUUCAAUUUUCUCUUAGGAGAGUGACAGUGGGCGAUAUGAAUGCGUUGCAUACCUUCCCCAAACGCAAAAGAUGGAGCGCAGUGUCACAGCCAGCGUUCUUGUCACGGGUAUUGUUAUGAGUUACAAAUAUGCUUUAAUUUACUCAUUUUCCAUCAGGGCCCUAAUUCGGCCGAGUGGCUUAGCCAGGUGCCCCCGCUCCAAUGAUCUCCAAAAGUGAACAGUUCUAGAGCUGUGCAAACUCUAGAGCUGUGCAAAAUAUGCCGGAGCUCCGGCUCCGGCGCACGGCUCCAAACAGUUCUUUCGUUAGUUAGAAUCCAGGCAAAAAAGUGCGUGGUUCCAUUUUCUGGAAUAACAAUAAAAACACCUGGCUUCUUUUUUCGUUAUGAUUUUUCUUCGGAACCCUUCUCAGAAUGUACAUGAAACAUAUGUUGUUCUAGAGACCGUAGAAAUUUCUCCAGCUAGGAAAGCAUGGCUGCCCACUGUUAGGAAUCUAAAAUAUGUUUGUGAAAAAGUCAAGAACCUAGCUACGCCUUUCAAUACCGAUUAUGAUACACACUGUAUAGUAUUACAAUUUUCAUUAAUAAUUCACGAAGAUAGGCCUACACACAAACGAAAUCAUGGUUCGUGAUGGAGCUUGUAUUUCUGAUGCUAAAUCCUACUCAUUUACGUAAACUUUAAGUUCAUUUUCUCACCAAUUAAUUCAUUAUUCAAUAUUCAUAAAUUCCUAUUAAUAGUUUUCAUCAAGAUGAAUCACAAGCGUUUCACAUCAUUGGCGUCUGUAUAUUGUUUUAAAAGAUAUACAACCACUCGCCUUUGAUUCGUGUUUGUACACUUAUCGUUUAUCAACACGGCCACUCAUAUUGUAUAUAUUAUUUAUACAAUAGUAUGCCAUAUAUCGUUUGUGCAUCAGCAUGUGUAAACUUGCAUUUAAUUAAUGAGAAUCAGAGAUUUCAUUAGUGAUAGUUCAAAUCAUUGCCACAUCACUAGCCUGCGAGCAGGCUCUCUGGGGAAAGAGAGCCUGCAAGCAGAGCCUGCAAGGAUCCCUAUCAUGAUUGCGUGCCGCCCUUCAAUUAUGAUGUCACAGGUCAAUUAAUAACAACCAAUCAGCGCAGACCUGAAUAAACUACGAUGUUGUAAACAUAAACCGAUUCGUUAAUAUAGUUUCGUAUGAUACAGACCGCCACUGAGGCAUACUAAAAAAGUUAAAACGGCUCGAGGUUUUACAGUGUAAUAUAUCAAGUUGUACUUUUUAUUACAAACUGCAUGUGUUUCUCCUGUAAGCACAGUAAGUUUAAAGUUGUAUAUUACCCGCUAACUAAUUCAGUUAUUUGGAAUUGCUUCGUGCUGCAAUAUAUAAUAUAUACUGUAUACAGUCUAUAUAUAUAGUAAUAAUAUAACUUACUGAAAUUUAUGGCUUUGGUGAGACAUAGACAUAUAUGAUAUACCACGGACAUUGGACAUAAUUUAAUAAUAUGUUUAAUAGUUCAAAUUUUGCAACAAAAAGUGGAAUUGCAGUAAACAUGCAUGUGAUAAUUAUUGUAAACAAAGUGACGAGUAAAUUACUGUACAUUUUAACGCCGCAUACUUAUAAAUAUUAAAAUAAUAGUCAGUAUAACAUUGUAAAACAAGCUUAAUACACACAAUAUACACUGAAUAUUAUCAGAAUAAUUCCCAAUAUUGUUUCAUAAAAGAGAAGCGAUAUAAUGCCUUGUCCCUAGGUUUCGGUUUGCGAAUUUGUGCAGUCCUUCUCAAGAAUUAUUCUUAGCCUAGGAGUCAGACAAGCCAAGGACACAAUAAAGCAUGCAAGCUUUUAGUAUUCGUCUUUAUAUGAAUACUAUAUUAAUUUACGGUAAAAAGUCAACCAGGAUCAAAAUACAUGACACUUUUAUCUCUACAUUGCCGCAAUUCCGAAGCAUUGCGUUGCUCGGUUUUACAAACGGGAAGUGCAAGUUUAUGGAAGCUUGUCAAUCACUUCAUAUGAAUCAGUUAUCAACCAAUCAGAGCUCUGCGUCCAAAUAUUGGACGCAUGCACGCAAUCAUCAUAGGGAUUCUUGCAGACUCUCUUUCCCCAGAGAGCCUGCUCGCAGGCUACCACAUCACUUUCUAUUCUCUUAACGCUUAUGUUACUGUGUGGUGAUGAAAGAAACAAAUUCCAAUAGUCAGAAUGUUAUCAUGAAUUUUUCAAGAAAAUCCUCAAAUUCCCAAAUAUUAACAUAUAAAAAUUUUUAGGUCCACCAAAUGCUCUCGAGGGAUUUCACUUAAAUGGACAAUGUAACAAUUUCACUGCGAUGCUGAGUUGGCACAGCCUGCCGAUAUACAAUAAUUCGGAAACUGUCGUUAUUAUCGAAUGGCGUACAACGUAUGGCCCUGUUGACAAAUGGACUAGAGUUCCUGGCGAAGUAAACGCCACUGUGGGGCAGGCUAAAGUGGAGAAUUUAUCACCUUGGUCAAAAGUUCGAUUUAGAGCAAUAGCGCAAAACAGUUAUGGCUAUGGUCCUGCUUGUGAACCAACAAAAUUUGAAAGCUGUGAGACUUCACCCACUCGUAAGUAGUCAAUAAUAGCAAGGCACUACCGCAUUUGCCUGCUUAAAUAAAUAUGUAUUAGUAAAAUAAUAAAUAUAUCUAUAAAUCUUAAUUAAUGCUUUACCUUUAAAUUAGAUCGAUUAGCGUUAAGUUUCACCAAUAAAAUUAGUACAUAAUGAGUAGUUACAUAAGUCAUACAUAAAUUUUAUUUAAUGAAGAAAGAGAUGAAGAAGAAGAAGAAAUUUAUUGAGCACUAUUAGAUUACAAAUACAUGAAUAAUUAUUGCAGGGUACAUAAGUAUAUAGGUGUAGUGCUGGUCGCCUGUAAUAACCAUAAAAGGCUAUCGGGACAAGCGACCAUUAAAAGCAAACAUUAUACAUUUACGAACAAUUGGGGAGAUUGUAGAAUUCCACUGUAUAUACUGUAAACUGUAUACUGUACCACCUCAGGUACUACAUCGUCAAGUUAUAUCAUAGACAAUCCAAUCUAUGGUUAUAUCUUGCCACGUGGCAAUUUUUUCUGUGACAAUAUUCGUGAGGUGAAAGGUGUAACAAGGUUUACUCACUAUAUAGUGCUGUAUAUUCAGCCAUAUAGUAUAUUCAGCCAUAAUAUAUAUUCAGCCAUAGUAGGCCGCUAUAUUCAGCGUCGUGAAGAGGUAAAAUGUGAGUUGGGAUUUGCCUGUACUUUUUACCCAAGUAAACUGGAUUUCGACCAGCGGAGGUGUAAUUUACACUCGCUGUAUGGAAAUGGAAUAUGGCAAAUCAGUUGGUCGGGUGAUUGGAAUUAUGACAAAUUCGGAUGGAAAUCUUUAAUUAAAAUUAUUUACACGGUAGCUUAUUCAGUGGAUAAGUAUUUACAGCACAGCCACUGGUUUUCAAAGGGCCGUGUAUAUACUAAACUAUGAAAUACAAAAUAUAUAUAGACAAAUAAAUAAAGACUAUUUACAAAGUAUCAGUAAUUAUUGGCAUCAAAUUUAUACCUAAUCAUAUACUUUAAUCGUUGUUUAAAGGACACGAUUGAUAGCUUAUUGUAAUUUUCGAUGGUUUCACUUGAGAGUUUCACAAUGGGAUUCUAGCUCUUCAAGACUCCCUAUAUUAAUUUUUUUAGGUCCUGUUAAAUGCCCUGAAGACAUCCUUGCCAUACGUGGAGCUCCAGGUGUUCUGGAUAUUAAGUGGAAAGUGAGUCAACAUUCAAAUAUUAGAAAAUUAUCAGCAUCAUCUUUUUCGUGUAUGUCGGUUUCUAUGAGGCUACAAAGUGCAUAAGCAAUAUACUACAUGCGCAAUUACAAACGAGUCAAACUACCACGCUAUGAACUUCCAGACGCAUGAAACGUUGAUUUUUUUACUUUAUUAAGCACGGCAAAAAGCGAGGGGAUUAUUUACCCCUUUUUUGGCAAACAUUUCCUCGAGAAUUUUCAGAAAAAUGUACUCAUAGUUCUAUAAUCAAUCAAAUAUACGUUUCUGAAUAAAACCCGCUCAACCAUUUACUUAUGAACUUAUGACAGGUAACUGAUUUUACCUGAAUCCAAUCGUACGCAUAGCCAAGUUUAAAGCUGGAUAGACGCACGGAAUUACGUCACAAUUAAGGUAGCCAAUAGCAUUCCCUUAUUUGUUUAGAUCAUGUACGCUUGAUAUUUGUACAAUUUCGACUUUUUCAAAUUUCCAAAUGUUUGGGUGGAUAAAAAGUAAACUAUUUACCUGUUUAAUUCGGGGUUUUUCUUUUUAUAAUAUAAAACAAAUAGAUAAGAUUUUGCCGUUGUCUGUUCAGUUAUAGAUACACAAAAGUAACCCCCUUUUUUGUUCUUCCCUAAGGAACAGACAACGGCAAAAUCUUAUCUAUUUGUUAAAUAUAACAUGUGGUUCAGUUUCCAGGAUAAUUAACACCAGUGCAAAACAAAGUCAGAGACCACAACAAUGCAUAAAAUUACAUUUUUUGUCAUCAGGCAAUGACUGAAAUUGAUUUUAAUGGCCCUGGUUUUAACUAUGUCGUGAAAUACAAACGCCCCAGUGAUUCAACGUGGACGAAAACUGUCUUGGAUAGAAAUAAGGAGCAGUUUACAAUUCCAAAUGCUGGAACAAAUCAGUUGUGGCAUUUCACGCUGCAAGCAAACAACAGUGAAGGUCUUGGUCCUAUGUGUUUGGAAAGUAGUGCAUACUCUGGACAGUCAAGUAAGUUUAGAAAUACUGUAGCUAUAAAUGCGUUUUGGCAUGGGAGCCAUGAGAAUUAACAACACCAGGGGCCAGUUGUUCAAAAGCUGGUUACCUUAACGCUGGGUUAACGUGAAAUUCAAAGCAUACUUCCCAGCAGCUUGUUUAUAAACUUAGAAAUAUCUUUUCAGAAAUCUUGUCAGGAUCAUAAGAAGUUUAUUUUCUAACGUUUUGAAAUGAACAGACAUACAGAAAAACAUAAACCAAAGCAAUGGUUUUUAACCCAGGGUUAAGCAAUCAAUUUUAACCCAGGGUUAGCUCUAACCCACCUUUAAACAACCGGGCCCAGGGCAAUAGUUUCUAUAAAUAUAAUGUUGCAACUCAGCAGACAUCUGGAGCGGGGAUCGAAAACAACAUUUACAUCUACAGUAUAUUAACAGGGACGUAGCGACCGGGGGGUGUGGGGGGUGUAACCCCCCCCCCCCAACUGUGAAACUCAAGAAAAAUCAGGUAAAAUUCAAGUUAAAAUUUUGACAUUUUCAGGUAAAAUUUGCGUAAUAAAGAAAUACCUUUUGUGAAAUGAUAACCAUUUUUGUAAAAUACAGUAAUUUACAUCCAAUUUGUUUGCGAAUUUGCUUUAGAAAACGCCAGAAAUGCAGUCCUAGAGCUUCAAAAAUGUAAAAAUUUUCUGGGGAAAAUUUAGUAUGACAGUGCAAAUCCAAAACUUAGUAUGACAGUGCAAAGCAAUCACAAAAAGCUUUGUUAGCAUUAUUGCACUUCAGGUAAAUUUUUAAUAUUGAAAUUCAAAUUUCAGGGUAAAAUCCUCCGACCCCCCCCCCAACUUCAGAUGUUUCGCUACGUCCCUGAGUAUAUAUAUCAUGCCAACUUGCCAAUAAUGGUAAAGGUCUAUCUGCAGUACUCCUGCUAUUUGCGAGGCCUGUUACGUUGCGACAAUUACGUGUCUGUCUAAUGGAUAAAAGUUCACUCGAUCAUUGCCUUAAAAUGCACAACAACGGCAACUCAGAAAUAAAGAAAGAAUAAAUAGAGCUCGAUUAGCCUUGGUUUGCUGGUCUAUGCAUACCUGCAUGGAAUCAAUUUUACCAUUUUAUAACUUUAACUUUACCAUUUUAUCAAUUUAAGUCACAUCAUCGAUAUUGGACUUAUAUACAGUAUGCCAAACAUGUUCUUAAACAUUGUGUGGCCCUGGUCGUCAUUUUAAAUGAAGAAAUGUUUAAUUCAGCUAUUAUAUUUAUUAUUUUUUGAAAUGUAUUCUAAUCUUUCAGAACCUGGCUUCAUAUCCGAAAUAAUAAUCAAAGAAAUUGGAACGUCAAGCGUCCUAUUAACAUGGCCUCCACCAAUAUCUGAUCUUUGGAAUAUAAAUGGAUACAGGGUAAGUAUAGGUAUAACCAUCAGCAUUUUUGGGCGUCUCACUCUUGAAGACUUUUGUGGAUGGAAAUUUCGAAUGUAAAUUCUGUACAUUUAUUUGGACGUAACCAGGAACAGCUGCGAAAAAUACAACUAUAGGCCCUUGGUGUAUAUAUACACGAACUUGUAGUUAGAGCUCGACAAUUGGACUAUGUAAAUCAGUUGGUUAAAAGAAGAGGAAUAAUAAUUUAAUUUGUACAACUAGUAUUAUAUAAAUGGUAUAAAUACAUAUGAAAUAAGGAGUAAAAGUUAUGUAAAGGUAUAUAGUAAUUAAUGUGCACAGUGGUCAAAGUAGCGUAAGGCUUUUGAGACACAAGUGUGUAAAAUUCACACUUUUGGCAAAACUACUCCGCCUUUUGCCACAGAAUAAAGAUCAGUAACAGAAGGGCCACUCAGCGAUGCAACAUGUCCUCGUUUUUUAUGCAAAAAUAUGCAGUUUACUGGCCACGAAGGCGGAGAAGCAGCCAGUACAGCGUGUUUAUUGGCCAGAAAAUGUCAAGGACUGGCUAGGAAAAUGGUGGCCAACAUGCGUAAUGCGACAUGCGCAAGGACACAAAAACUUCAAAGCUUCCGACGUAAGUGGCCCUUCUGUGUGGAUCUUUAUUCUGUGGCGCUGCACCGGAAUCUACGGUGGCCGAUAAGGGCCACCUCUGCUGCGUGGAAACGCAACUGUGCUGCAUGGAAGUGCGAGUUUGUUGCAUGGAAAUUGACGAUGUCUGUACAAAUGAUUCAAUCACAAAGCUUUUCAAUGGAAUGUUGUUUGUCAGAAGCUGUUAUGCACGUCGCAUAAUAUUUAUCGCAUUUCCUCGCUCUCUACUUAA